UGAGGGUCUGGAUGCUGCUUUCACUUCUCCCGGACUUACGGAGCGGAACAGCGGAAUAAACAUCCGCAUCAAAUCUAUCAAUGGCUUCCAACUUCAACGACAUAGUGAAGCAGGGCUAUGUGAGGAUCAGGAGUAAGAAACUGGGGAUCUUCAGGCGAUGCUGGCUCGUGUUCAAAAAGGCGUCGAGUAAAGGGCCGAGGCGAUUAGAGAAAUAUCCAGAUGAAAAAGCUGCCUACUUUCGAAGUUAUCAUAAGAUAACUGAGCUGCACAACAUCAAGAACAUUACCAGAAUGCCUCGGGAGACAAAGAAACAUGCCGUGGCAAUUAUCUUCAGCGAUGAGACGUCGAAGACAUUUGCCUGUGAUUCAGAGUUGGAGGCAGAGGAGUGGUGUAAAUUGCUUUGUUUGGAGUGUUUGGGCAGUCGGAUCAAUGACAUCAGCCUGGGCGAGCCGGAUUUAUUAGCAGCAGGAGUGCAGAGGGAACAGAAUGAGAGGUUUAACGUAUACCUGAUGCCCACCCCUAAUCUGGACAUAUAUGGGGAGUGUACGAUGCAGAUCACGCAGGAGAACAUUUACCUCUGGGACGUCCAUAAUGCCAGAGUUAAACUGGUCAUGUGGCCUUUGAGUUCGCUGCGACGGUACGGACGAGACUCCACAUGCUUUACCUUCGAAUCCGGAAGGAUGUGCGAUACAGGAGAAGGAUUGUUCACGUUCCAGACGAGAGAAGGAGAAGUGAUCUACCAGCGAGUUCACUCGGCCACGUUGUCGAUUGCCGAACAGCAUGAACGCAUGAUGAUGGAAUUUGAGAAGAAGUCACAGGCCUUUUUGAGCGAGAACACAUUAACCAAGUCGAUAUCUCUGCCACGGAGCGCUUACUGGCAUCACAUCACACGUCAGAACAGCAUGGGAGACAUUUACAGCUAUCAAGAUAAGACAACAGGCGUAAGUUCAAUGAUGACCCUCAUCCCUCGUGCUCAGACUUUCCAAAGCUUUCUGACUGAAGAGAGAGAAGAGGAUAGGAGACAGAAGGAGAGAUCAGGCUCGCCCUCUAGUGAAUAUAAAGGGCACUACAGCUCGGCACUGCUGCACUGACACUCAUCCUUCUUUCAACACAGAGAGCAAGACGAAAAAAAGGAGAGAAGAACGGGGAGGGGGAGUAGGGGGGGAUACAUUUUACAGUUUAGAGAAUCAGUAGACAUGUACAGUACAGUACAGAUGUAUAGUUCUAUAAAUAUUACUUGUAGAGAUGAAUAUAAUUUAGGACAGUUUUUUGUACCUGCUGUACAGCAACAGAUGCCUCAAGUUACAACUUUAUUUUUGCACCUUUCCUUUUUUCCCUCCUUCCACUGACAACACAUAUGCAGAUUACCAUAUUUUGUGGACAAGACAAAAGUAGUUUGCUGUGAGUUGCUCCAAAAAUUCAGCCAUAUUUGAUAAUUUAAUGAUAAUAAAAUAAUAAUAAGUCAUAUGAUCUGGUCUUUACACUCGGCAAAUCUUCUAUUAGUUUGAUAUAAAUAUAUGUGUUCCAAAAUAUAUCGGUUUAUUUAUUUAUUCAAGGCGUUAUUCUCAAAAAAGCAUUCAAAACCAUUUUUAAAAGCUAUCUGGAAAAAAUAUAUAUAUAAUAUAAAAUCGAUAUGAAACGUCUGACAAAAUAUUUUGUUUUAAUUUCCACUCUGUAUGAAGAUUUUUGGGAUGCUCAGAAUAACAAAGCACACUAAAGCUCUAUUAGAGUCCUUUCAUCAUCUUGUAUUGCCGAUUCACUUACUCAGUUAAUUCGUCAUCUGUUUCUGUGUCCAUAGUUCUGCUUCUUCCUCUAGUUUCAUAAAGACCUAGAAUCAUGUGUUCUCCGUUUCAAAUAAUCGAAUUGAAAUCAGGUAGACGGAUAAAGGCCUCGACCUCAAUAUCCAAAACUGACACUUAGUCAAUUCACUAAAUAUUCAUUCCAUACCUAGGCUAGUUUGUAUAGAUGCUAAUGAGUAAGUAAUAUGUUGUCACAGAAAGAGAAACAUUUUGCAUUUCAGUUUAUCAAAUCCAAUACACAGCGCACAUGGUUGAGGACAAAACCACAACAUUGUGGCCAGAUGGAAACCUGCAAACUCUGUAUAAAAGAGAUGCUUGUUAAUAUGUCCAGAAAAAAACAAAAAAUAGACUUUAGGCUACAGAAAUUGCUCUCAUGCCACCUCUAAACAAGAAACACACACUUGUCAAUAUGUAUUAAAAAAAUAUACAUAUAUGGUUUCUUUUGCCCAGGGCUUUUAUUUCCUAUUCAUUUCUAGAACCAAUAGAAACUUUCUUUUGGCUUCUCCCGUUAGGGGUCGCCACAGUGGAUCCUCCGCAUGUUUGAUUUGGCACAUGUUUUUACGCUGGAUGCCCUUCCUAACUCAACCCUCCCUAAUUUAUCCGGGCUUGGGACCGGCACUGAGAGUGGCUGGGGUUGGUUCCCUGACCGGGGAUCGAACCCGGGCUGCAGCAGUGAGAGCGUUGCAUCCUAACCACUAGACCAGCAGGGGACCUCUAGAACCAAUAGAAACAAUUUCUAUAAUUCCCUUUAUAAUAAAACAAACCUGCCAACUAUGAAGAAGAAGAAGAAUACUGAACUAAAAGGUUAGAAACCUGUUCCAGCAUGAUAAUGACCCUGCCCAUGAAGAUAUGGUUUGC